AUCGCCGGCGUGCGGCAUCAUAGCGCCUGAUAUUAUACUUCCUCUGGGAUGCACUCGAGCCUUCUCGGGUGAUUACAUUUCUAAUACCGCCAUUUCUUGGAGUUCAUAUCGGGAAUCCCUGGGCGGUGCAGGUUUGCUCGGGCCGCCUGGUGUUCCCUUGGAAGGUCAGUCCAUUGUCCAGCGCGAGAGAGAGAGCGGAUGCUUGCAUGAUUCUCCGCGGUUGCACGUCACUUCAGCUCGGAACAAAACCAGCAACUUCCACCACUUCUUCUCACCACCACCACCUCCUGUGGCUUGUCCCUCCUUUUUUCUGCCAACCCUUUGUUUGCCCUGUCGACCGAAUUUACUCUCUCCUUUGUUUGAUUGCCUCCUUUCCCUCCUUUUCUCUUCUCCGGCAGUUGCCUGAAUAUAUAUACUAUAUACAUAUUUUUUUUUCUCUCUUAACCCGACUCGUACUGCGCCCUUCCGCAUCGCUUCCAGUUCUCAUCGCCCGUGACUCAACUCAUGCGGAAUGCCGUCUAGAAUCCAACGGUCUCUGUUGGACAGUGAAUAAUCCCCAUAGUUCUUCGGAAACUCAAAACAUGUCUUCGUCGCGGUCGGACAGCUUGAAAACCCAGAAACUGGACACCGACAGCUUUGUCGCUUUUGACCAUGCCGCGGCUGGCCACGACGGUGUCCAAUGCACUCUGUCCGGCUCCUUUAUCGCAAAGCCCUGCACCCCCGAAGAAGUCGCCUUCUACGAGUCUAGCGCCCUCCACCCGGAAUUUAGAGAGUUUUUUCCUACAUACAUAGGGACUUUAACUUCUGCCGACCAGCAGCAGUACUCUGCCAUCGAAGCUGCUCAGCAGUCCGGUGCGAUUGUUCUCCCCGGAUCAGACUACUCCUCGACAUCGGGCACUCCGAGCGCGACCGGAACAGCACAGCCCAGCGCGGCAGCCUCGGGAUCGACGAGUACCGCGCAGGAUCUCCCAUGGGUUCCUUCGAAUGGAAAAAAGCUGGAGACAGGAAUAUCUAUUGUUCUGGAAAACGUGGCUUCUGGAUUCAAGCGGCCGAAUGUGUUGGACGUGAAGCUGGGCGCAAGGCUAUGGGCUGAUGAUGCGCCCCCUCAGAAGCGAGCGAAGCUAGAUGCUGUAUCCCAAGAAACGACAAGCUCGAAACUGGGGUUCCGGAUUGCCGGGAUGAAGGUCUGGACAGGCGUGAGUGGAGAAAGCGACGAAGGAAGUAAGACCGAUCCAUAUGCUACGAAAUACGAAGGUUCUGAAGGUGCGCGGGGCGAGGUCAUUGAAAAAGACGGAUAUAAGCGCUAUGACAAGUGGUAUGGACGGUCUCUCAAUGAGGACACUGUUAUAGAAGGGUUUCAAAAAUUCCUCGCUGGGGCUAAAGCUGGGGCCGUUGACCGUUCCCAAUUGGUCGCCCAGAGAUUGGCGGACGAACUGAAGAAGGUACAGCAUGUGUUGGAGUCAGAGGAAAGCCGGAUGUAUUCUUCAAGUGUUUUGAUUGUAUACGAGGGAGAUCCAGAAGCGAUGGAACAUGCGCUUGCAGAGGAACAGAAGCCCCGGCCUGAACGGGGUGAGUCCGAGGACGAAGAAGAAGAGGAAGAGGAAGACAUGGAAUUCCACCUUCAGCAGGGCGGGUCAAUCCAGGUGGUUGAUAUACCGGUCGGUCAGGGAACCAAAUCCCACCAAGCAAUCAAUAUCAAUAUCGACCCCGAGAUAGCAGAAAUGGCUGAGUUGGGAGACCUGGGAGAUCUAGAAGACGAUGAGGAUGAGGAUCCUCCAAAGGUGCAUGACCUUCGCCUGAUCGAUUUUGCCCACGCCAGUUGGACACCAGGUCAAGGGCCGGACGAGAAUGUGCUGAAAGGGAUCCGGAGCUUGAUCAAAAUCCUGACCGGACUUGCCGGCGAGUAAGUGUACGAUAUGCAGGCCAAGCAUCCGAAAGUCGCUGGCGAUUUGGAUGAUGCGACAUGAAGCAAUUUGGUGUUAGCGAAUAUACAAAUGUACAUCAACUAUUGAUAUUGAGUAUUCUUGAG